GGUGACCGGCUUUGGUCCUUGGGCGCACCGCUGCGCAGCAGCUGGCUGCUGUUCAUCGAGAUCUUUUCCACGCAACCAGCUUGCAGGCAGUGGAGGACGAGACCGAGCUCUGGGCCGUCGUCUCUGUGAGGAGGACCCUUCAACAGCCCCAUCACCGAGCAGAGCUCCCCGGCCGUGGCGGCGGCGUCCCCGGCCCGGCACGGCCUGGAGGCCUUGCGGAGCCUAGGGGCCUUGGAGCACCUGGCAGGAGAGUGGAUGGCAUGGCGACCACCGACGUGGAGAGGCAUGUCAUGGGCAACAUCUCCGAAGAGGCCUGGCGGCUGCUGCUGGGCCGAGCGCUGCAGGCCGGAUCGCUACCAGGGGGUGUGGAUGCGGUUUGGAAGCACCCGUUCUGCUUGCUCUUGGAUGAGGAUACCUCGGCAGAAAGUGCCAUGCGCAAGUUGGAGGUGGUCAUCGAGAUCCAAAGGCCCGAAAGAGGGAAAGCCAGAGGCAGCAGACACAAAACGGUGGGGUCCGCCGUGUACGGGCUAGCGCAACUUUUUGACCGCCCUGAGAUCACGGAGGAGCUGACGGUGCCCAUCUUCAAUGCCAAGCAGCCUGCUGGGUAUGUGCGCCUGCGCGUGCAGGCGCGGCCACUUCUUGCCCCCCGGCUGGGAGUGCAGCAGACAGGCAGACCCUCCAUCGGCGAGCGCCUGAAGUCCCUGGUGCGUCAGUGCUCCGGGACGGUGCGGCCGACCACUUCCAUGGCCUCCGAGCGGACCUUCGCGCCGGACACGGUGGUGGAAGAGCCCGGUGAGGCAGAGGCUCCACAAGAGAGCCCCCGGCUUGGUGCGAAGGACGAUUCCAUUGCGAGCCUCUGAAGAAUGUAGGUGGCUACAAACACCUCCUGCAGAAAUGACGCGCUUGCCAUGGAAUCAAGCGGAAGGCGGAGAGAAAUGUGACUGAAGAGCCUAGAUAUCUUUGGUCGCAAAAAGGCGAAGAAGCGGGGC